AUCCUUUCAUAAUAUCCUGCUGAACCAACUGACAGGACGUGGAGGGUACUAGCCACCCAAACAUUUCUUUCAAAUGGGCCCCGUCGCCUAGCGUUUUCUCCCCAGUGCCUCGCCGAUUGAGUUGAGAGGGUGCUAUUUCCAUCAGCACAACGGUUUUGAAGGUUUCCAUCUAAGGCAUUGUUUACAAAGACUGCGGAAUGGCAGCCAUCCCAGCAGGCGGCUCCUUGGUUGCGACCCACGACUACUAUCGGAGGCGCAUUGGAUCCACUUCCAGUAACAGCUCCUGCAGUAGUUCGGAAUACAGUGGCGAGGUCAUCCCUCAUCACCCAGGUCUGCCCAAGCAAGACUCGGGGCACUGGUGGUCCAGCUUCUUCUUUGGGAAGCAGGUCCAGAUGACCACUGUCACUGAGGAGAAGGCAGGUGGGUUGAAUGGCAGUGGGACUCCAGUGAUGUGCGUUGCCAAGGAGAUGGUGAUGAAGAGGCAGGCGAGUGAGAGCAGCGACCCUGGCAAGACGGAGGCGGGCAGCCCCCCUCCCUCCUGAGCCCCGGGGCCGCUGAGGUCCAACUGACCGACGCUAGGGGACGGACACGGCCCCCUGUUUACUUUUUUUUUUUUGCUUUUUUUUUUCCAUUCUUUUUUUUAAGUAGCACAGGUUGCUUUUAAAGAUUUAACAUGCAAUUCAUUUUUAUAUACCUGUUACCAACAAAAAAAACGCCAAAAAAAAAAAAAAGUUUUGUACAUUUUUACAUCUGUUACACUGUGGUGAUUUGUGCACCCUCCCCCCUCCUUUUUUUGUUAAUGCUUUUUCACAUUAAUCACCUCUGUCUUCAGAUUCAAUAAAAUGAUCUCAAGCAGCCUGUA